AUGAUGAAACAGUCAGUUCACACUCCCACCCACAGUGGAGAAAUUUAUAAAGGAUCGGUACCAACGUUGGCCGAUUCUUCAGAUCGGUUUCUUGAUCUGGACACUAAACAAUCGGUUAUUAAUGUGGGUAAUAUGUGGAGCUCGCAUAUUCAUCAUGUCAUGAAUGAGCCAAGCGUUGGAAUGUAUCGGAUUGUGGAGCAUGUGAGAUCUAAAGUGCCCUAUAUGGUGGAACAAAAGAAUUUAUUGAAAACCAAAAAAGUCAAUGAAAAAAUCUAUGAUGCUGAUUAUGCCUUGUUGGCCUGUAAAUCAAUCAAUUCAAACACACCAUGGAUUUUCUCAGAUAGUAUCAGAUUAUUGAAGAACAAUUUUGUGAGUGUCCCGAUGGCACCAGUUGCGACAUCUUCCAACAAAAUCAAAAUCACACCCAAACAAGCAAUACAACCACAAGAAUCAACAUUACCACAAACCCAAGCUUCAAUAACAACUGCAUCUCUGUCCUCUCCAACAGUUGUAACCAAUGUACAGCCUUCAACAAAUAAUAAUCAACAAGUUAAUCCUAAUUCUGAGGAAAAUCUUGUGAACGCCAAGAUUGUGGAUGAAAAUUUGACAUCCACUGCAACGCCACUUUCUUCAGAGGAAGCAGAGGAAGCACCACAUCCUUCUGACAUCAUGGUUGACUCCUCACAACAACAAUCAAGUUUGGACAACAUGAUCUCACCUUCUGCCCCAUCACAACAGCCAAAUCAAGACCUUCAAGAAACUGAACCAUCAUCGUUGACAUCAGUUCAAGAAGCGGAAUCGAGUCAACAUGUUGUGACACAACAAGACACCACAUUACAAGAGACGAAUGAUGAGAAAAUCAAUACAAUAACAUUUUCUACUCCCACCAAUGAUGACCAGGUGACCGUACCAACAACAACUGAGGAAGCAAACUCUGUGUCCGAAGAAGUUGUCCAUAACGAAAGCAUCAUUUCUACUCCUCCACCUGCUACGAAUGGAGGUGAUGACGAAUGGUCCUCUCUUGCCAUUCAACCUCUGCCCUCAUCUUCUUCAGCCAAGAAAAAGAAAUCGACAAAGAAAAAGAAGAAACAAGCUACCAAUUCUUCACAAGAGGAAGCUGCUGCAGAAGAAGAGGAUGCAUUGACACCAAAAACCUUUUAA